AGAGGGAUUCAGAGGAGAAGCUUCCUGCUCGGGUGAGCACGUGGUUCCGUGUCUGCCUCCCUGCUUGUCUGUCAGCGUGAAGGUUUCCAGCCCUUCUCUCAUACCUCUCCCUAUUUAUCCUCCCGUACCACAUUGCAGACCUUAUCCUUUCUUUACUCCGUCCCACCCGCACCUCCUCCAUCUCCUGCUACACUUUACUUCUUCUCUUUGCGACGGCUCCCGGGACUGCCGACACAGCCAGGCCUCGGUCACUUCAACUGUAUCCGCUCAGAGAGGGAUAGAUAGGGAGAGAGGGAGAGAGAGAGAGGAGGAGUGUGUGUGUGUGUGUGUGAGAGAGAGAGAGAGAGAGAGAGAAAGUGUGUGUAUGUGUGUAAGUGUGUGAGCGCAACCGGUCCAUCCGUGUUAUUAUUUCUCCUACGAUCCCGCCUCGUUAUUCGGCCAUGACGCUGGAAGCGAUCCGCUACCGGUCCGGGUCUUUGCAGAUCCUAAACCAGCUGCUGCUGCCACACAAGACCGCUUACGAUGAGAUCCGCUCGGUGCAGGACGCUUACGAGGCCAUCAAGUCCAUGAAGGUGCGGGGCGCCCCGGCCAUCGCCAUCGUCGGCUGCUUAAGCCUGGCUGUGGAGUUGCGGGCAGGCGCCGGGGGGGAUGAUCCUGUGACCUUUAUUAGGGAGUCUCUGUGUCACCUGACCUCUGCUCGGCCCACCGCCGUCAACAUGGGCCGCGCCGCCCGCGAGCUGAUGGAGUUUGCUGAGAACGAGAGCAUGGAGAAAAACUCGGAGCAGCUCAGAGAAAGUGUAAUUGCCUGGAUUGAAGACAUGCUGGAGCGUGACGUCAACGACAAUAGAAAGAUCGGAAACUAUGGCGCCCAGCACAUUCUGUCUGGCGUUCCAAGGGACUCUGUUACCAUUCUCACUCACUGCAACACUGGCUCGCUGGCCACUGCUGGAUAUGGGACCGCACUAGGUGUGGUGCGAAGCCUCCACACGCUGAGCAGGCUGAAGCGUGUGUACUGCACAGAGACGAGGCCGUACAACCAGGGAUCCAGACUGACGGCUUAUGAGGCGGUAGCAGAGGGAAUCCCUGCUACACUUAUUACAGACAGCAUGGCAGCCCUCACCAUGAGAGAAAUGAACAUCACAGCUGUGGUGGUCGGUGCAGACAGGGUGGUUGCCAAUGGUGACACUGCCAACAAGGUGGGCACAUACCAGCUGGCCAUUGCCGCAAAGCACCAUGGGAUUCCAUUCUAUGUUGCUGCACCGAGCACGUCAUGCGACUUGAGCCUAGAGAGUGGCAGGGACAUCAUCAUCGAAGUGCGCCCCCCUGAGGAGCUCACCAGUAUAAAUGGAAUCCCCAUUGCUGCCCCGGGUAUCGAGGUGUGGAACCCAGCAUUUGACGUGACCCCUCACCAGCUCAUCACGGGAGGCAUCAUCACAGAGCUGGGCGUCUUCCUCCCCUCUGAGCUCCAGGCAGCACUCACCGGCCGCCUCACUGCCCUCUAGAGCCACCCAGCCCCACCUGCUGGUCCGUGUGCACCACUGCACCUUAACGUCACACACUCAAAGACAUUUCAUCAUCAUGAUUUCAUCACAGAACACACACACACACACACACACACACUCACACACACUCACACUCAUAGUUGUGUUUUAAUUUAAAUUUGGUCAAUGCACAGUCCCUGUCACAUGUCAGUGGUGCACACAGGAAAAAAAAAUGUUUAUCAGUCUCCUACUGACCCACACACACAUUCACUGCAGGGAUUAAAGCAGCACACUUCACUUUCUUUUAUGUCCGUCUUUGUUUUCUAUGGUCUUACAAUUUCACUUUUUCCUAAGUUUUCCAUCCCAUUUUUCAUUCUCUCUUGCCGCCUGUUUCUCAUGCUAAAUGGCUUCUGUGACAACGAAUAGCGAUCAGCUGAACUCAAUCCCAUACAUUUUAUUUGGUAAAAAAUUAUGAAGUAAUUUUUCAGGACUUCUUCAACUACAAACUAAAAAACUGGAAAAUGGAGGAAAAUGUCUCAGUGGCAUGACUGUUUUAUUUAAUUUCAAAGUAGUGUUUUUUUCUCAGCCAUGGUUUUUAAUGCUGCUACCCACUUGUAAAUAAAUACAUAUUCUUGCUGGUAGUGUGUACAUAUGUAGAAAACUAACCCCUGCUAGUCAAAGGUACUGCUAUUUUAACCAAAUAUGUGGUCGUUUAAAAAUUAAAUUUGACAUAAAAAAUGUUAUAUUAACAUUUCAUUUAUUUGCCUAGAAACUUUUUUGUAGAGGAAUUAUCCAAAUUUUUAGCUCAUACAUUUUCACGACCAGAUUUUUAGUGAUAUUAACAAUUGUAUUUCACUCUCACUUUUUACCCCGUGCGGCAAAAUUUUGAAUUUCUUGAUCGGUAGUCGUUAGUCAGCUGAAGCCUAUGACAAUACAUGUAUUUAUACCUCAUUCCUUGUUUGUAUCUUGCUAUUCCCAGUUAUAUUGUAUCAUACCAUACUUGUAUUCUCAUAAUGUAUUUAUAUAUAUGUGUGUGUGUGUGUGUGUGUGUAACCAUAGUUAUUUCAGCACCAUACAAUUAUUCACCAUACUGCAAAAGACGCUAAGAUUGAAAAAUCCAAAACAAAAAAAGAUGGGGGGAAAUUGUGUAAUUUUUGCCAUAACAGCUUUUGCCAUGAUCUCAGAGGUCUGUUAUGCUGUUGUAUUUCUGUAAUACAGGCAUCGCCAUUAAAGUAAUAGUUCACCCCAAAAUAAAGGUUUUGUCAUCUGCUCACUUGCAUGUCAGUCAAAACUUAUCACAACUAAUCACAAAAUAAAGUUGUAGCUUCUUUUUGUUCCUAUAUGGCAGGCUAUUUUUCAAAUUAGGUAAUCAUUUUACUAAAUAAAAAUAAAAUAAUUAAAAUUAAUAAUAAUCAAAGGGUUGAACUCAAUAUUUCCUAAAGAACUCUGCUUGCCACUGAAGGUUGUGUUCAACUAAAUAGAAUGAUCACUGCACUCUUCAGCUUCACUUAGUGUUUUAGCUUCUUUCAGCUUAUUGUUUUGGUUUUACAGCUGGUAACUUUACCGUUUUGAUUCAGUCUUCACUGCACUGACAACUUUGUUUAGUUUUAAAGGACGCUGUUUUGGAAAAGCUCUGGUAAAACGACUGCACACUACCUGUUUAGCGCCAAACAACAGACUAACGCAGUAUGCGACUUAUUUGUUUAUAUUUUCCUAGGAAGUUGGUGGAGACCAAAACAGAGCUGAAUAUUGGGCUUACAUUUGUCGGUUGGACACAAACAUGACCCCAAAUUAAUGAUUAUGUAGCUCUGUGUCCACAGGACCUUAGCAACUGUUUGCUAACAUGCCUUAACAAUUUUAUAAGAUGGUAAUAUGACAAUGUUCUGUUUUACACCUUGUUGUGCUGCCCACAAGUAACCAAAAAAGCAAUAUUGCAGGUCUAAAGACGCUCACUCUGGACAUUUUGCAGGUAUUUGAAAGUGUUAAGGGCAAGUAAGGCGUGUAUUGUAUUUUACUUUAUAGCUCUGUAAAAAGAUGGUUUUAACUUUAGUUACUCAAAGGUCUAAGAGAGAAAUAUGAGAACAUCUAGUGUGGCCAUACACACUGCAGUUAAUCAAAAACUUGAUGUGGGGAUGAGUAGUUGCUGACUUAAUGUCUUUAUUUUGUGGUGAACUAUUCCUUUAAGAUUCGUGGGGUCAUAUCCACACUGACGUAUCUGUCUGCAGAGAGCUCUGCGACACAGCGUGGUGCCAUCAAAAAUCAGAAUGUAAUAUUAAACUCAGAUGAACUUGCUUUUUGGCAGGACAGAUUUCAGUCACUUCUUGCCUUCAUGCUCCGUUCAGAAUGUGUUUUGACUUUUUUUGCAUUAAUUACUCCUAACUGAAAUGCUGUUUUACUUCAGACUGACUUCUAUCAGAAAAAUAUUAGCUAUUUGGAUAACAUUAAGGCUUAUGUUUUUUUUCCAAGCAGAAAGGUCAAAUGUGAAUAUUUGCUAUUUUUCUCAUUAAAAAUAGUAUGAAUUAAUUAAUCAUUAAUUGCAGCCCUACCUUCAUCACGUACCCUUUUUGACUCUCUAGUCAGUCUAGUUUUAAAACCCGACAGUGACCUAGUAUUUACCCAUACCCGCUAGUUAUAGAUUGUGUGAAAGAUGUUACUGGCCAUUCAUCCGACAAUGCGUUUGUUGUGCUAAGUGGCUCCGUAGAAAAUUCCCAGAUUUCUCAAUCUGUAUUGGACACACCUACUCGCUGAAUGUCACAGGGCCAGACUCUGGGCGGCCCACACUGAUCACUGCCUUACAGGUGCAGCACCAAUAUAGCUUAAUGGUGUGAACUGGCAUCAUGACCGGGAAAAAAAGCAGCCACUCAGUUCUUCCUUCACCCUGGUUUGUAUCAUCUAGCCAUAUCUUUCAACCCUGGCCACAAAAUAUGUAGUCUACCUGCUUAACAACCCUUCGGACCUCACAUACUUCCCUUUUGGACUUUUUCACUAACUGUAUUCAUUUAAAACAAGUGACAAAUAUAAAAAAACUGUACCUACUCAACAGAACCACAGAAAGGUCCAGAGAAACACCCUUAAAAAAAACAUGUUAUUUAUAACAAUUCCAUUAUCCUUACUCUCAUUGUCCAUAUCUUCCUGUAAUAUAAGCUGACUUCUUUCUUCAUCUUCCACUUCUUCAUUUGUCCUCUGUUCACCCUCACUCACAAAGAUGCUUCUAGGUCACACACAAGUGUAAAAGACACUUUGAAUUUUCUCUUUUUGUUUUGUACAGAUUAAAACAUGUGUUUAGGGGCAAAUUUGGACAGUGUUCCAGACGUAUGUAGCAACUUUGUGGUAGUCAGACACGCCACAUAUUAUUUCUUUCUAAAUCUUUAAGAGGUACAAGAUUUUUUGUUUGUCUCUACAUCAUGAUUAUAACUGUUUGGCUGUGGUUUGUUGUUUUAUUUCAUGACAUUGUGAUUCCUAGUGACUAGGCCAUUAGUACACCACACUGGGGAGGCCUCCUCAACCAUACACACUACCUCUCCGUCUGCCUACACGGACUUAAACACUGAAAUGCAUGAACAUACAGUAUGCACUUAAUGUGCCAGGCUGCAGCAAACCAGGUUGACAGAUUGUAAAAAAAUAAAUAAACUGGACUAAACUUCUCCCCAUCUCACUAAUGUUUGUACCGUGAACCAAAAGUGACAAAAGAUUUGUGGCGGUGCUUUUAGUUUGCCAAAGUAGCCUAGAUUUAGGCUCGUGUGUUACGUGGGUUGAAGCAGAAUUGUUUUUGAUUACACUUGUACCUGCAGCAAUAUAGUACUGUGUUUAAAAAAAGAUGUUCUACCAACCUUCCCCUUGAGACGCCCAACACACGCCUAUCAAUCAGGUGCCAAAAUUAAGCACUGCUUGCCACGAAUUUUCCACCUUGAUUUAAUUCAUCAAAGCAGGUGUUUGUGUAGUAUUCUCAAUGAUUAGUAUUGCCUGCAGUUACCAUGGAAGGAGUGUUGUUCAGAUGGCCUCUUUAAGUGGAAGUAUAUUAUUGUUGUUAUUGAUAAUCACUUGAUCUGGGUUCAUUUUGUAAUGUGGAAAUGGUUCAAAACUGGAUUUUUUUAAAUAUAUAUGUAUAUGAAUAUAAUGCUGUAAAGUGCAGUCAUGAAUUAAGAAAUUUCUCUUUCACAUCAAUACAGUAAAAAGAAUAAAACCACAGUGAAUUGAA